AGUCACGAGUCAAUUUGACGCAUUCGGCGGAAACGGAAAAGACGAGAGAGCCAACAUGGCGGACAGGUUAACGCAGCUUCAGGAUGCUGUCAAUUCACUGGCUGACCAAUUCUGUAAUGCGAUUGGAGUUUUACAGCAGUGUGCACCACCUGCCUCCUUCAGUAACAUCCAGACAGCCAUCAACAAAGACCAGCCCUCCAACCCCACAGAAGAAUAUGCGCAGCUGUUUGCGGCACUCAUAGCACGAACGGCAAAAGAUGUUGACGUGUUGAUUGACUCUCUGCCAAGUGAAGAAUCUACAGCUGCACUGCAGGCAGCCAGUCUGAGACAGCUGGAGGAGGAGAACCAGGAAGCUGCAGCCCGUCUGGAGGAAGUAGUUUACAGAGGAGACCUCUUACUGGAAAAGAUCCAGUCAGCUCUAGCAGACAUCGCCCAGUCGCAGCUGCGCACUCGCAGUGGUGCUCCCAGUCAGGCAACAGCCCCAGAUUCCUGACAUUGACUGGCCCAAACCAAACACGGACUCUACCGUCUGUACACAGCAGGGAUUUUUAUAUACAUCAGAGGUGCCAGUGGCGGAAGACCUUGUAAUAAUUGUACAGUUUGUUUAUGGGCUGAAGAUGUUUCUGAUUUCAUACUACAUGGGAGAAUGAAGAAGCCACCCUGUCAUUAUUUUCUGUUUUCCAUCAGGAACAGACAUUCUGUGCAUAUUCUCCUCUGAAAAAUGAGCAGAACCGAGUUUUCAUUCAGCAUUUUAGGAUGGUCCGCUAAUGUGUUGAUGUGUAAAACAGUAAGUAUCAGAGAUUGAUAUAAGAUUCUUCUCAUCAACUGUUUGUCUAGAGUCUUGUAUUUCAUCGCAUGUGCUCAGUAUAUGAGUGCUGACAUUGUUUUCUAUCAGUGAAUGUUUAACACACAUCUGUCUGCUGGUAACAGUCAGGGACUGAGUGAGCCUGUUUUUUAUAUUAAAUUAUUUAGUUUGUUCUUGCCAUGAUCAUGCAUUGAUUCUGUACAUUUUGUUUUGAAAAAAAGUGUUCUAGCAAAUAAAAGUUGUGUAAAGUUAUCAAACUCUGGAUGGGGUCGCCUCUCUUAAACAUUGAUUUUGAUGAGUCAAGUCGCAGGUCUUUAACCCUGCUACUGCAGCUCCAAACACACUUGAACCAUCUAAUCAGGAUCACUUGAAAAUUACAGACGUGUACUGUAGCAUCAACAAAAGUUUUAAGAUACAGCUGAGCUUUGUGUCAUUUUUGAAAAAUAAUAAUUAGCUUUGUAAUGUGUAUAGGCUAUUUUGCAUUUAAAUCAAUUAUGAAUACUUUACUCUAUGGUUUAUUUAAGGAAGUAUUUCAUACCACAUUGACAAAGAACAUAUACAAAAUAAUAAUAACACUAAAAAAUUCAACCUAAAUAAAAUACAGUAAAAGGAACCAUUAAUAAAAGUACAAUUUCCCUUCCGAUGUUUUUUCUGUGCCGUAUAAAAGUCCGUUUACAGAAGUCGUGCCACUCGGCGGCAAUGUUUGUAAGUAACUGUUGGCAGUUACUUGCAUCAUAGCAAGUCAACAGUCCUAUCUCUUUGGUGGAAAGCAGAUAUUUCUAAAAUCGAUGGCAAAAAUCACAAUGAAAUAGCAUAUUUACGAUCAAUAAUUAAACCCGAUAUGGACUGUAUAACUUCGGUUUGCUAAGCUUAAAUUGCGUUAAAAAUGACCCUUUUCACUUAAGCUCCGCCCCAGAGAAUCGUCAGUCUUUAUCGACUGACGAUUGGAUCGUUCUACUGGAAGGCGGGGCUUUCUUCGCUAGAGCGGCCAUAUUCAGCGUUGCAUUUCUCUCCAUUCUUUGUGGCAAUAGCUUGUUUGACAUGCACCUUGCCUCGCCUGAAAAGAAGACGAGAGUAGGCGGCUGCAGUAAGGGGAGGAGUGAAAAGAGCGCAGGCAAGACGGACACUUCCCAAAUCGCGCUGUCGAGUCGAGUCGACUGGAAACGUCAGCAAAGGACUAGAUCGCGUUCACGUUUUUUAUCGCAUUUUUCUUGGGCCAACUGAGUUUAAAAGUGAGAAAUGUUCUAAAUCGUAUCUUAGACAAACUCUCAACCAUGUCAAGGCUGUACGAAAGAAUUUAGAUAUGGUCUUUGACAAACGAAUGCUUAAACUUAGAACCUCCGAUUUCAAGUUUCCAGUUCAUCCCCCCCAAAAAAAUACAUUUCAAAAUUGUAUGUGAUAUUUAUCCUUCUGGGGAGUUCCUAUAUUGUGUAAAUUCUGUAACUCUUUCCAUACAACAGACCCUAUUUUUUCAGAGCAUAUUUUUCUUUAAUUCCUGGACAAAGUGCAAUAAUUGUGGUUAAAUGAGUAAAAUGUUGUGAAUUUAACAUGUCGUUUAUAAAAAAUGUAAUAUGGAAACGGUGAAAAAGGUCAAACUUUUUAAAAAAUAUUAAUAAAUUACUUUUGUUAGCUAAGAAUUUAAUUCCCAAAUGUAUUUUUUUACAUUUAAGAAUUAUUUGGGACAAUAUUUAAAAAUGCUGUCAAAAGCAAAUAAUAAAAAGCUGGAGUUUUGUUAGACUUAUUCGAUAAUGUAAAUUAUAUUUCUUGUUUUGAAUUUAUUAAUAUGGAUGGAUUGAACAUUUCGAUUUUUUUUCUUUCUUUUUUGUCUUUGUUGUUUUGUUUGUAUUAUCUUUUAUUAUUUUUUAUCGUCUGUUUUUGAAUGUAAACUGUAUACCAUCUUGUUUUGUAAUAAUAAAAAAGCGCUUUUUAUCGCAGAUGAAAUCUAUGCAAUUGAAUUGCCAUUGCUUUUACAUCAA